GUUUCAUUCACACAUGUUUAACACACAAAUCUUGCAUAUUCAGGCUUGGAAUUCCCAGUCUCUACCAAACUAAAGAUAGCCUGUCUCCUCCUGUCAAUGUGACUGUGAGAGAGGUGCGAGCCCGGUUUGCUGUGGUCACAUGGGACAUCCCCGAAGGAGACAACGUGAUCGGGUUUGCCAUCACACAGCAGAAGAAGGACGUGCGCAUGCUCCGGUUCAUCCAGGAAGUCAACACAACCACCCGCUCCUGUGCAUUAUGGGACUUGGAGGAGGAAACCGACUACAUUGUGCAUGUCCAGUCCAUCAGCAUGUCUGGUAUGAGCCCGCACAGCGAACCUUUACGCUUCAGGACGCCCAAAGACACGGACACUCAGGCCUCUAAGAGCAAAGACGAAGUGACCAUGGAGGAGGUGGGUCAGGCCACACAGCUCCGAGCGGGAGAGCUCAUAAUCAUUGUGGUGGUUCUAAUCAUGUGGGCAGGUGUCAUCGCUCUGUUCUGUCGCCAGUAUGACAUCAUCAAAGACAAUGAACCCAACAACAACAAGGACAAAGCCAAAAACUCCUCAGAGUGCAGUACUCCUGAACAUCCAACAGGGGGGCUGCUGCGCAGUAAGUUUGCCAAGAACAACAACAGGAUGCCAUCCGUCAACAUCAUUGAGGUUUGA